AUGGCUUCCUGCCCACGAAUAUCAGGAAUCCCUAUGCAGCUCGAGUGGAGAGCGGGGCUACCAUCAGGACCAGUGACAAGUCCAACAUCACACAGCAGUUCCAUGUCAAUACCCUGCAUUAUGCGGGGCAUGUCCCAGAGAACGUCAUGA